AUGGCGCACCUGCCCACAACUCCAGAGGUGCCAUCUCCGUCGCGUCGCGCCGUUAAGCCCCGUCUACACCUCGCAGUGCUCGCGGCGAGGUUCUGUCCGAUCGUCCCGUUCGUGUACGUUCCGUGUUCGCGCGUUGCCGUCGCGCUGGAUGCGAAAGUGACGCCAUUGGCGAGUAUCGGACGGCGCAUGCGCGUGUGUUUCGGUACUCUGUGUUUCUCUACGUCGCCGCAGGGGGGACAGCAGCCUCCCAACGUAGCGGCGGACGGCGAGGGGGGAACAACCGAUACCGCUACUGGCCAACAGAGCGGGCCGAGGCUCACCAUGGCUGAGAUCGAGGAACUAAAGGUAGGUUUGGUAUGA